CUACUCCCCUAUCAACCAGCAUGAAGGUCACCAUCAAGGAAUGGAACGCCGUCGCUACCUGGCGCUGGGACAUGCCCGACGACGAGGUCUGCGGCAUCUGUCGCGUGCAGUUCGACGGCACCUGUCCGACCUGCAAAUUCCCUGGUGACGACUGUUCUCUGUUACUCGGGAAAUGCGGCCAUUCCUUCCAUAUGGUGUGCUUGUGGAGUUAAAUAUCCUCAUUGAAGGUUAAUAUACUGAUUGAUCCCAAUAGCAUUGCCUUUUGACGUGGAUCCAACAAGAGUCCUCGAAGGGCCUGUGUCCCAUGUGCAGACAAAAGUUCGAAUGGAAGCAAAGCGACGAGUGAUGUUUCCCCGGUAUUCAGCAUGGUGAAGGCGUUUAUUGGAGACGGAUAAAUUAUAUAGAUACCCCUAUGGCAAUUACUUUGAAUCAAUUAUUUUCCUUCCAUGCUCCUUUUCAAUGAAUAAAUUAUGAUCAGAUCUGAUC